GAAAGCACAACUCUGCAGCGUAACUGCAAUUUUCAUUGCCACGCGUCGAAAAUGCAGUAUCGGUGAUGACGAAAUCGUGAAAAUUGGCACGCGGCUAAGGCGUCACUACGAAACCCACGCACUACCUCUAUGGGAAAAUAUCACGUCAACCCUAAAACCCUCAGUUUAAAACUUCAAUUUGUGUACCGAAGAUAGCGGUGUCUGAAAACACAAUUAAAGUUUAUGUCUGUCUGUGGAGAUUAGUUCACUGCCAACGAAGCAAUUAGUAACUAGUCUUUGACAAAAAAUGAAAAUUGGCAAUGUCAGCUACUCAGCAGUAGAGGAGAACCAGGUUUCAGCACUCAAUCAUGACGGACAGAUAUGCCAAUGGAGUCACCACCAGUCUGGUUGAGCCCACAAAUGGACGCACUGCCUCAGGAAAUCCCAGCGAGGGAGAGGAGAAAAUUGUCCUGAAACGGAAGCUAACCCUCAUCAAUGGAGUGGCUAUUAUUGUGGGGACCAUUAUUGGAUCGGGCAUCUUCAUCGCACCCACUGGAGUCUUUUUUUACACCGAAUCCGUGGGAAGCUCCCUUUUGAUUUGGUCGGCAUGUGGGAUUCUAUCAACAAUCGGAGCACUUUGCUACGCCGAACUGGGAACGAGCAUCACUAGAUCUGGAGGGGAUUACGCCUAUUUGUUGGUGUCCUUUGGACCGCUGGUGGGAUUCCUGCGGCUCUGGAUAGCGCUACUCAUCAUCCGGCCAACCACGCAGACCAUAGUGGCCCUAACCUUCGCCCAUUAUGCCGCCAAGCCAUUCUUCCCGGACUGUGACCCACCGGAGAACGCAGUGAAACUAUUGGCAGCCGUUUGCUUAACUCUGCUUACCGCCAUCAAUUGCCUGUCUGUGAAGGUGUCCAUGAAGGUGCAGGAUGUGUUCACAGUGGGCAAGCUAUUGGCCCUCAUCAUGAUUAUCCUGGCCGGACUGUACUAUAUGGCCACGGGCAAGUUGGAGAAUUUUAGCAACCCUUGGGAGGGCACUUACUCCUCCCGCAACAUUGGCUACGCCUUUUACUCCGGUCUGUUUGCCUUCGGCGGGUGGAAUUACUUGAACUUUGUCACGGAGGAGCUGCAGGAUCCGUACAAAAAUCUUCCACGCGCCAUUUGGAUAGCCAUGCCCCUGGUCACGGGCAUCUAUGUUCUGGUUAAUUUGGCCUAUUUUGCAGUGGUCAGCAAACCGGAGAUGCUUAGUUCGUUGGCCGUGGCGGUGACCUUUGGUAACCGUGUGUUUGGACCUUUGGCUUUCAUGGUGCCAAUUUUCGUGGCUUUGAGCACCUUUGGAGGUGUGAACGGGGUGCUCUUCACGUCGGCGCGAUUGUUCGCAACUGGAGCUCAAGAGGGGCAUUUGCCCAAGUUUUUCCAGCUGUUCCACGUGAAGCAACAGACUCCAAUUCCCUCCCUGAUUUUCACAUGUUUGAUGUCGCUGCUAAUGCUGCUCACGGAUAAUGUCUACCAGUUGAUCAACUAUUUCAGUUCGGUGCUAUGGCUUUCAGUGGUGGCCAGUAUAUCUGGAAUGUUGUGGCUUCGCCAUAAGAGGCCUGACUUGCCACGACCCAUUAAAGUCAAUCUUGCGCUGCCCAUUAUCUUCAUGGUGAGCUGCGUGACGUUGGUCCUGCUGCCGAAUAUGGAGGAGCCGGGUAAUCUCUUGAUUGGUAUCGGUAUCACCCUGGCCGGCAUUCCAUUUUACUAUUGCUUCAUCGCCUGGGAAAAUAAGCCCAAGUGCUACGGGCGAUUGUCCAACUCCGUUGUAGAGAUUUGUCGGGCCAUCUUUAACACCACCGUAAUCGAAUCGAACGAAAAGAUAAACUAGGUCUAUAUACCGCACCCUUAGAAUUAUUUCUAGAACAUGGCUUCGUGCAUUUAGUUCGAAAAAAAACUCGUAAAUGAUAUUUAAAAACACUAAAAACUUGUUAAAUUGUAAACAGUCUUAAGAAAACCCUGCCCCAUUUGUAUGAUAUUUUCGAUAGACAAUUGGCAUUCCUCACAGCGCAAUCGGCAUCGAUUAGAUUUUAGUUUUAACCAGGGACCGUACCAAUUAUAAUUUUUAUCUUAAAGAUUCAAAAAUUAUUUUUGGUUUAAAUCAUUCUUUGCUCCCUUUUAGUACAGGGAAUAAGAAAAAGGUAUUAAAGAGUAGAUUAAAUGAAUAAGUCUCUUUUUAAAAUAGACCACGCCGUAAAAAAGAUAUUUAAAUUUAAUUUGUAUUAUAAAAAUUGAAAAAUAACUCUAAUUCUUGGUGAAUUUUUACUAA